AAAACAUUGACAUUUGCAUUUGUUUAGUGCAGCCAGCCGCGGGCGCUUGAGAUUCAAUUGUAUUUGCGCUCGGAUUCUAAAGCUCUAUAGUUGUUAUGCCAUCGAAGAACAGCCGGGAGUCUGAAGAAAGUGCAGGUGAAGAUGAAUUUCAGGUGGAAAAAAUCCUGAAGGUUCGUAUAAGAAAUGGACGAAAAGAGUACUUCCUCAAAUGGAAGGGUUACUCAGAGGAGGACAAUACAUGGGAGCCAGAAGAAAACUUGGAUUGCCCUGACUUAAUCAAGGAAUUCGAAGAAAGACGGGCUCGUGAAAGAACCUCACUUACUAGCCCUGCCAGGACUUCGAGUGCUGACUCUAAACUAAAAAACAGAACUAAAGGAUCGUCACUCAGUUCAGAUAGCGCUAAGGACAUUAGUGAAGAAGUACCCGAACCAGCAAAGAAAAAGCGAACAUCCAGCAUACCCGCGAGUGUAGAAGAGUCAGCUAGCGAAGUGCCAAAUGUUCCAGAUGAACCAAAGGAACCUACAAACGAAGACCAGAAGCAGAAAGUUGUCAAGGCGACUGGGAAGACGCGCGGAUUUGCUCGGGGGUUGAAAGCUGAAAGGAUUAUUGGAGCUACAGACUCAAGUGGUGAACUAAUGUUUUUGAUGAAAUGUGACUCGAUGCGUCACACGUGUUGUCUUCCCGUGUUUUUUAGGAAAGAUUCUGAUGAGGCUGACUUGGUACCUGCUCGUGAAGCAAACAUCAAAUGUCCACAAAUCGUAAUCCGUUUUUACGAAGAAAGACUAACCUGGCACACACCCGAAAAUCGACCUUCUGGGACUCCGCGUUCUGGAUCCACCACUCCAAGCGCUGCAACUGCAGCGGCACGCACUUGACUUUCAAAAUCGUUUUGCAUUUAGCCAGUGACAUGGUUUUAACUCCUUUUUCACCACGCAUUUCUGUAAAGAUGUCAUUUUGCUUAUGUAUUAUACCAGAUGUACGUUUUCUUACUAUCUACUCGUUUCUUAUUGAUUGAUUACAAAUCUACAUUGUUU